AUCCCAAUUCUGUCAAUGCCAAGCAACAACAUGUGGUGGGGGUCGCUGCUGCUGCUCGCGGCCGCGGCGGCGGCGGCUGCUGAGCCUGCGUCGACGCUCACGGGCCCGUCACGGCCGGUCACGGUGGCGCUGCGGGAAGACAGGGGCCACGCGGUGGACCUGCCGGACACGGACCCCCGGGUGCAGCGCCGGGCCACGGGCUGGGCUCCCGAGCAGAUCGCCGUCGCGCUCUCCGCCGCUCCCACCUCUGCCUGGGUCUCCUGGAUCACCGGGGAAUUCCAGAUGGGCGGCACCGUCAAGCCGCUGGACCCUGGCACGGUCGCCAGCGUCGUGCGCUACGGGCUCGCCGCCGAUUCUUUGGUUCGCCAGGCCACCGGCGACGCGCUCGUGUACAGCCAGCUCUACCCCUUCGAGGGCCUCCAGAACUACACCUCCGGCAUCAUCCACCACGUCCGCCUCCAAGGGCUUGAGCCUGCGACGAAGUACUACUACCAGUGCGGCGACCCGGCCCUCCCGGGGGCGAUGAGCGCCGUCCACGCGUUCCGGACGAUGCCGGCGGUGGGGCCGCGGAGCUACCCGGGGAGGAUCGCCGUGGUGGGAGACCUCGGGCUCACGUACAACACCACCUCCACCGUGGACCACAUGGCGAGCAACCGGCCGGACCUGGUCCUCCUCGUCGGCGACGUGUGCUACGCCAACAUGUACCUCACCAACGGCACCGGAGCGGACUGCUACUCGUGCGCGUUCGGCAAGUCGACGCCCAUCCACGAGACGUACCAGCCGCGCUGGGACUACUGGGGAAGGUACAUGGAGGCGCUGACGUCGGGGACGCCGAUGAUGGUGGUGGAAGGGAACCAUGAGAUAGAGGAGCAGAUCGGGAACAAGACGUUCGCGGCCUACCGCUCCCGGUUCGCGUUCCCGUCGACGGAGAGCGGGUCCUUCUCCCCCUUCUACUACUCGUUCGACGCCGGCGGGAUCCAUUUCCUCAUGCUCGGCGCCUACGCCGACUACGGCAGGUCAGGGGAGCAGUACAGAUGGCUGGAGAAGGACCUGGCGAAGGUGGACAGGUCGGUGACGCCGUGGCUGGUCGCCGGCUGGCACGCGCCAUGGUACACCACCUACAAGGCUCACUACAGGGAGGUGGAGUGCAUGAGAGUGGCCAUGGAGGAGCUGCUCUACUCCCACGGCCUCGACAUCGCCUUCACCGGCCAUGUGCACGCGUAUGAGCGCUCCAACCGGGUGUUCAACUACACGCUGGACCCGUGCGGCGCCGUGCACAUCUCGGUGGGCGACGGCGGGAACCGCGAGAAGAUGGCCACCACCCACGCCGACGAGCCGGGGCACUGCCCGGACCCGCGGCCCAAGCCCAACGCCUUCAUCGGCGGCUUCUGCGCCUCCAACUUCACGUCCGGCCCGGCCGCCGGCAGGUUCUGCUGGGACCGGCAGCCGGACUACAGCGCCUACCGGGAGAGCAGCUUCGGCCACGGCAUCCUCGAGGUGAAGAACGAGACGCACGCUCUGUGGAGAUGGCACAGGAACCAGGACCACUACGGGAGCGCCGGAGAUGAGAUUUACAUUGUCCGGGAGCCGCACAGGUGCUUGCACAAGCACAACUCGAGCAGGCCGGCACACGGUCGAUCAAACACCACACGGGAAUCGGGAGGUUAACCGUUGUACCACUGGAGUAGAUCGCGUGGUGUAAUGGCAACUGUAUAGACGGUUCGCCCAAGCGUGGAAAUAAAAAGUUAUACCAACUAAAA